AUGACCACCCCGAAAACCUACCACAUCUUCGGCCAAACCCUCGCCACCAGCCUCUCCCCGACCCUCCACAACGCCGCCUUCGCCCACCACCGCCUCCCCCACCACUACACCAUCCAAGAAUGCCCCUCCCUCGUCGCCGUGCAACACCUGAUAAAUGCCCCCACCUUCGGCGGCGCCAGCGUCACCAUGCCGCACAAGCUGACCGCCUUCCCGCUGUGCGAUGCAGUCAGCGACGCCGCGCAACAGAUCGGGGCGAUCAACACCCUGAUCGCAGAGACGCGGGACGGGAAACGUGUAAUCACCGGCGACAAUACCGACUGGCGGGGGCUGUACGAGCUCGUGGUGGAGUAUCUCGCUGGCCUCGUCCUCGGGGCGGGCGGUGCAGCCCGCGCCGCAGUCUACGCUCUCAUGCAGGCGAACUUUGCCCGGAUUGUGGUCGCCAACCGGACGGUCGAGAAGGCGGGCACGAUUGUUCGGGAUUUCGAGGGGUUAGCGGGGCCCAAUGGAGCAACAUGCGAGAUUGUGGCCAUGGAGUACCCGAUUCCUGUGGUGGAAAGGGUGAAGCCGGAUGUCGUGAUCGGGACGGUGCCGGGGGAUGUGGUCGUGGAGGCGGAUGUAGAGGGGCUGUUCGCGGGACAAGAGCACGAGAACGAGCACGGGUUGGUGGUGGAGAUGGCGUACAAGCCCCGGGUGACGGGGUUGAUCCGCGCGGGGCAGCAGGCCGGCUGGGAGGUGCAGGAUGGGCUGGAGGUGUUGUUGAGGCAGGGGUUUGUGCAGUAUUCCCUGUGGACGGGGAGGGAGGCCCCGGUGGAGGUGAUGCGGGGGAGUAUUGGGAGCAUUGCGGGGGGUGUAUAG